CCUGGACGGCCAUUUGUAGUGCAGCCCGAGUGGGGCCGCCCGUGGCUUCCACUCUGUGCGCCGCGGAGGAGGAGGAAGAGGAGCAGCCGCUUGGACUGGCUUGCCGGUGCUUCUCCCAUUGCGCUGGGCCUCCGUGGCUGAAGGAGCAGCGGCGAGGCCACCCAACCCCAGGAGCCCCCCCUUCCCGGGCCUUCCCCCUGCUCGCCCUCUUCCUCCAUGGCCGCGGGCUGCAGGGACGGCCCGGGGCAGGAGAAGUACCGGCUGGUGGUGGUGGGCGGAGGCGGCGUGGGCAAGUCGGCGCUCACCAUCCAGUUCAUCCAGUCCUACUUUGUCACAGACUAUGAUCCAACAAUUGAAGACUCCUACACAAAGCAAUGUGUAAUAGACGAGAGGGCGGCAAGAUUGGAUAUCCUAGAUACAGCAGGCCAAGAAGAAUUUGGGGCCAUGCGGGAGCAGUACAUGAGGACAGGAGAAGGUUUUCUGCUUGUCUUCUCGGUCACAGAUAAAGGAAGCUUUGAAGAAAUUUACAAGUUUCAAAGACAGAUUCUUAGAGUAAAAGACCGAGAUGAAUUCCCCAUGAUCCUAGUUGGCAACAAAGCAGACCUGGACCAUCAAAGACAGGUAACACAAGAAGAAGGACAGCAGUUAGCACGGCAGUUGAAAGUAACAUAUAUGGAAGCGUCAGCAAAAAUACGACUGAAUGUAGACCAAUCUUUUCAUGAACUUGUCAGAGUUGUUAGGAAAUUUCAAGAACAAGAAUGCCCUCCUUCUCCAGAGCCAACAAGGAAGGAAAAGGACAAGAAAGGGUGCCAUUGUGUUAUCUUCUAAGAAAAGUUUGAACCAAGCUAUCAACUGCCAGAUUAAUUCCUUUUACCUGUCUUUUUAUAUGUUCUGGUGUUCUGUCUUGCCUUUUAUGUGCAUGUUGUCUAAAUAUGGUCACCAAAGUAGCCUUAGUCUAAAAAUAAAAUACCAACAGCCAGGCUGACCCAGUCCUAAAGGGUGUCUUAGUCACUUCAGAGCAAAUGUCAGUCCACUAAGGCUUCUCUUAAUACUCUCAAUUUCAUCCUUUGCAUAAAGAAGCUUGCACCUUGUGGAGUUUUAUUCGCAAUGGAAACAAACCCCUCUUCAACAAGGUAUUGAAAACAAGAUUAAACGUUCCUGUUUGGGUAUCCCCCCUCUUUCCUUAUUUGUGACUUGUUUGUUAAUUGUACUCAAGACAGAAUUUGUCAAUUGAAAUGUAGAAUAUUUUAUUAAAAAGUGAAUCUGGAGGUUUUACCCUUUGAUUAGGUUAGACUUCAAGAUUCAGCUUGCCUUACAGGAAGCCAAUACACUGAAUUUCAUUGUCAGUAGAGAUUUGCGUUUCAGCUCUCGUUUAUGCUGCAGUUUGUUUCAGUGGUCAACCGUCUACUGUAUUUAUUUUAUGGCUCCGGUAACAGCUACAGGGUUAUAACUGUUACAGCUGUGUGGCCAAAUGCCUAGGCUCAUUCCAAUCGUGAGCAUUUUUAGGUUUUGAAAAUUUUACAUCAUGGUUUGGAAUGAUUUUAAUAAAAGUGUCUUCCUUUUGUAUUUCCAGGUAAGGGAUUCAACAAAACUAAACCUGUAGCUGUUUUUAUGUUAUUUUUUGUUUUGUUUUCCGUGUAAUAUAUAUAUAAAAAGAUGAAUUUGCUCUUUUCAUUGUCAGAUGAUUAAAUGUUUUUUGCUAUAUACUUUUAUACAUUAUUUUCUUAUCAAACUAGUUAACAAGUAUUUUUAUAUGUUUGUAAGCAAAUAUGCUUUCAUGGCAUAACUUGUGUAUAUGUAAAGAUGAGUAUUUAAUUCUCACAGGACAAUUUAAACUGACAAGAUUAAUGGAGGAUUUGGUAGAACUGUGGUAGAUUUUUUUUCUUUUCCAGUUGUAUACUCUAAAUGGCCAGUCAUGUGCCUGUCAACUGUAUAUCUUAAAGGUGUCAAAUCUUUUCCUCAGAUUGCCUUCCUCAUCCUUUACAGAUGACUGACUGUUAUGUGACUAUUAAACUGUACAAACUUUUAACUGAAUGUUCAGUUCAGUUGUGGAUGAUGUCCAACUGUGAAUUAUGCAAACUCUGGCUAAUUCAGGAUUAUUCUGGGACAUUAAAUACUGAGUGGUAUUGAGAA